GUGGCUAUUCUGUAAUAACUGUAGCCUCAACCACCUCUUUUGUAGUUUUCUGUACCCUUCUAUACAUACAUACAUACAUACAUACAUACAUGCCUACAAUCAAUAUUUACUUUAUAUAGCGCCUUUCAUAGUGGACUGCCAUCACAAAGCACUUUACAAGAUAGUGAGGAACAAUGCACAAUACCUCAAAUACAGUGAAACAGAGCGUAGUACUUUAAAUACAUUUAAAAAAAUGCAACUACAUUGACAUACACUUACAAACAUCCAUCUACCUUGCACACAGCAUCAUGUCAAUACAUUUCUGUUGACCGUGUUUAAGAAAAAAAAGUGUGAUAGAGACUGCAUGAUGUGUUUUUAGAUAUGCUUUUAACAUUACAGGUCCUGUGGGAGAAAUACAAACUGACAAAACAAGUAACAAAAACUUGAAUUAAGAAUUAAUAAUAUCUAUGGAGAGAAAGCAGAAAUAUAGCAACUCUGUUUUUACACUAGCUUCAUUAAUCGUCUUUUGUUCAGCACUCUGCAUACUGUAUGUGUGUUUAUACAGUAUUGCAUGCUGUAGAAUAAAUACUGUCACCAGAGAGUAACAGGUGAACAGUUAAGUCAUUUUAUACAACUUAACAGUCUUACUGCAGCUUUUUCUGGAGGAGUCAAUUGAUAUGUCAGCAGCAGAUUAAUUGGAAUCAGCCUUGAUGUGAAUGUCAGUUUUACGACUGUUUCAACACUUCAAGUGGUACAGUAUUCAACACUUGUGAAAAAGCAAAGCCUGUUCUGUCACUGAAAAAUGAAUACAGAGUUUUAAAAGAAAUUGUCAGUUUGACACAAGCAGCAGGAGAUGAUGUGAGUUUACCUGCAUUGUCCUGUAAUUCUCUGUAUGGCACUCAUUUAAAGAGCAGAUGGGAUUUUAUCUGGAGGAAAAGCCUUGUUGCUUGUUGGGUGUUUGUCUGAUAGCUGCACACAUAGCUUAGUGAAAUACUUCACUGAAUGGCGUUCUACUAGCCUAUAUAGUUUCUGACUGACUGUUUGACUGUAGAAACUGUGUGGUAUGUUUCAGCAACAUUUUUAUUUAUUAACAGUUGUCAAAACAAACAUGUAUAAUAUGUAAAGAAACAAAUGUUUCAUAAUUUGUUUUUUUCUGUUAUUGACUGAAAUGUAUGUGCAUUAUGUAGCUUCACUGCAUUUUAAUAUGAUGGAAAUGCAGUGAAAGUGGGCAAUAAAACAAUGCAGUGUCAUAAUGUAUUGAUAUAGAGAUGUCUUUUAAAUGUCAAGCGGUUGAUUUUUCAACGAAAGAGAGAGGAAGACAUGUUUCAGCACACAUAUGACUUGUAUACCUAUUAUACAGUACACAGUCAGGCAUCAUAUUCUGGCUUGUCCCAAUUUCCAUGUCAUUAAACCUUUUCUGACUAGCUUGAUGACCAGACCAGCUCCUCAUUACCCACCCUGUCACUGGUAGUGGCAAAGAGAGGUCUGCAAACUAACCACUGUUAUGACCAGCGCUGUAAGAUAUCAAUGAGUGUGCCAAUCAAAGGGGAGACUGCUCCCAGUACUGCAACAACACAAGCUACAUGUGUCAAUGCUACCUAGGCUACAGCUUCAGACAAGACAACACAACCUAUACAGUUAUUUUAGAUAUUGAGUGUCAAGAACAGCCUUCCAGAUGUUUCAAGACUACAAACACACUGGGAUCCUAUAAAUGUACCUGCAGACCAGGAUAUAGUGGGAUGAAUACAACUGCACAGGACCCGUCCCUUACUAGAGAGCAUGGUGGAGUGGGAGUGGGAGUGGGAGGGGGUGCACCCCGCUGGAGUGAUCGUCCUCGAGGUGUUAACACUGCUCCUCUUCCUCCUGCUCUUGCUGUGUCGCAAGAGGAGGCCUAUUACAACUUCUGCAUCUGAGACAAGCCGCUGUCACGGGACAUAAGUUAGCGUUUGCCUUUUUGAGCCUUUCUACGCAUUUGCGAAUUUUAGUACUGUAUUUGUAUUAUAUCUUUAGCUCUAAUUCUGUAUAUAAGCUGUGGCUGGGGACA